AUGGCGUCGCGAUUCCUAGCCCGAUCCAAAACCCUAGCUCUCGCCCUCUCCCGCGCGGAUGCGGCGCCGGCGCCCCUGGCUGGAUCCCGCGCGCUCUCCUCCCUCCCGCGCCACCCCGCCACCGCCGCCCCGUCCCCGGCGAUUGGAUCCCCUCCUGGCCUCAGCAAGGUUCUGGGACAUGAGCCAACAUCACACCUCAGCGGCACACAAUUUUUACCGCGUUGGUUUUCUACUGUAGCAUCCAAUGGAUCUCCCAUGCAGAAUACACAGGUCUCAGAGACAUGCAAGCCAGUUGCUGGAACGGGACACUCUGAUGCACUAAAAGCGACUGAAGGAGCCUUCCCUAAAUUCACGGCAUUCAGCCCACUAGAAGCAGCUGCUAAACCUAGAAGCAGUCCGUUGACAAGUGAAAGUUCUAAAGUCAGGCGAUCAGAGAUAUUAACAGGAGUAACCUUUUACAUGAUCCCAGCUCUGCUUCUUUCCUCAAGGAACAGCAUCAGUACAUCUCUUAUGGUCGCGGCGGUAUACCAUCAAAUCUACAUGUUCCACAAGGAGAUCUUUCUGGACUAUGUGCACCACGACAUUACCAGGAAGUGGGCUUUGAUAUACUUCAACCUGCUUCUGCUGGUCAUGGCAAAGGACACCAUCGUGUACUUCGGUUUGGUCUGA